ACACCUGAGAAUAAACAAGGAAGACUACCCAAACACCACACGUUAGGUUAAUUUCCUCCACGCACGCACGCACGCACGCACGCGCUCAAGAGCGAUGGGCGGGGCCCCUACCCCUUGUUGGCAUCUUUAAAUUGUCUCGUCAUCAGUCGAGGUGGAGUCGACAGGCGGCAACACAAGUUUCUUUCAGGAGAAAAAUACCUAUUUCUGGGAGGUGAGACAUUUACUCGAGGAUGGAGCUUUCACAUUUGAAGACCGAGGCCAAGUGAUGACCGGGUGACUCCUCAGAGCGAGGAGCAGAUAUGAGUCCGCUUCCGUCGUAGCUGCGCCCCCGGAGAUGUCCAAAGCGUUGCCGAGCCCUUCCGGCCUCAUCCGGGACAUGGCCGACAAUCCGCGCCGCUCCCAACUCAACGGCGCCUUGAGGCGGAGCUCCAGAUCUCGGGAUGAAGACACGCUACGCUUUCUGAGUCCUGAGGAGAAGGAGUGCCUCCAGUUUUUCGAGGAGACCAUAGGCUCAUUGGAGAACAGCCUCGAGGAGGACGAGCUCAAGGCCGGGCUCGCCAAGACGCCAGGCAGCGGAAGCCUUCUUGACCACGAGAUGGAUGGACCUUCCCCGACCCGUGAUCUCAGCAGAGUACCUUCUCUUUCAGCCAGGCGCCUCAGCGCUAAAGACCAGGAUAUUAUAGACUUGGUCCGGCCAGAUCCAGACUUGUUGCUUGCCAAAUUGGCGUUCAAUCCUACCAGUCCAGAUUUCCAGAAGAUGGCCACGAACCCCGAGAGUCACUUUGAGAUAAAGCCGAGACACGAUCCAGCCGAUCACGCCGCAGUCCGUGAGCCGACGGACGGGCACUCCUACCACCCGGCGGGCUCCGUCCCCACGCCCGUCCUCAUUGCCAAGAAGAUAGCAGAGAACCAGGCCGAAGAAGCGACCGUCGGUCCGUCUUUGCUCCAGCGCAGGCGUAGCCGUGAGGGUGAUAAGUCAUCAGGCCAUGGUGAAGAUCUUCCCACAAAGCAGGGUCCUCCUACGUUUGCCAAGCCUACCAGAUACCCUGCAAACAUCAGUAUGAUUCUCGGCAACAAAGAUCUCCAGAAUCAGCCGGUGUCCAAUGUUAACCUCCACGACAGGCGUGCGCUGGUAAUGUCUAAUCUAACAGGAGGACCACAGGUUCUCCUGCCCGAGGAAUCCGUACCAAAUUUAGCGCACAAGUCGCUAAGUCCCCCCACUCGCAGCAUUUCCUUCAAUGACCCGACACCAGAGAAAACCCGGAUGGAAGCGCUGUCGAAACUGGGCCUGGCCAGGAACCGAGCCCUUUCGGGAGGAACGUCAGUCCCCGAUACCGUUGACGGCGCGGCAACGAGACCCAUCCCGAGCGCAGAGAUCAGUGUCACUAACAGGCUUCCCCAAAUAGAGACCGGUGAGGUCCCGACGCUGCCGCAAGGCUACACAUCAACCAAGAAAGCAGAAACUCUGUAUUUCGAAUCACCUAGAAGCUUUGAGGACAAAAAGCCUCCAGUGAGCCCGCCUCACGUGGAGAAAACCUCUCCUGCCGCCCAGCCGUCAGACAUCAUAUCGCUGGAACUCAACAGCUUUGGAGGUAAAUCCAUUGUGGUUACUCCAGGUCCUGCUAAGAAAGAACCCGCGACAGCUCCGGCGAGCUCUGAAGCCAAUGUCGUGCCUUCAGUGCUGAGCAACCCCAGCGAGUUCAACAGCUACGGAGGAAAGUCCAAAAUUGUGAACCCCGCGACCGGAGCCAUGACCAAGAGCGACCUUCCCGACAUCCUCAGCUCCCACAUCGAUGUGAAUCGCAGACCCCGGCUUCUGCCCGCCGAGCUCAACAGUUACGGGGGCAAGAGUCGGACCAUCGACCCCUCCGCCGGGGUACGCCUCCCCGCGGGCUCGGCUCCGAACCCGGCGCCGAGAAACCCUCAGACGUCGCAUCGCAAAGCCGGCGCGGACGCCGCCGCGCGAGCAAAAUCUACCUCCGACGUCAGGCGAAAACCGGCCCCCAUGUUUCGUCCCCAAGGUGUAACCGUACAGUUUUCUGGCCGAGCGGCUAACGAGGAAUCUCGCAAGCAGGCGCUAAAGAAACUCGGGCUGCUCAAAGAGUCGUGAUAGACUUUUGGCAACGUUCCUUCAGGUGAAACUUUGAUGUCGGGUUUCUGUGCGUGCCUCUCCAAAGGUCAAGGUGUGGCAAUGGAGACCUAAUUACGAAAGACUUGCGCAGCCAGUUUUCUCUUCCCCUGACAUUGAAAGACUGCUGUCAAGAGUGUUAUGGUGACAAAUUUCCUGAUGUUUGCAAAGGGAACCUCUAUUUUUUACUGCUGUUUACUCACUUUGUUCUGUGUCAACUACUUUCGGGAAAGAGCAAAGGUCUGAAAUUUUUUUUUUGUUUUUAACCGAUUAGGGAGCAAGUGUGAGUAGUUUGGGGGGAAAAAAGGUUUUUGGGGCACGGUGCCACACUGGAAGUUAUUUUUGACUCAGCGGACCCGCCUCCUACACAAACCUUGGAAUGUUUUUUUUUCCCCCCCCACAUUGCAGCGGGUAUAUUUUUGACUGCAAUUGCAGGGAGGGCCAAGACAUCGUACUGAUUGUUAGUAUUCCAACCACCAAGCCUACAAAUAUAUUCUCAUAGCUUUUCAUUCUGGCUAAUUGGUAGUUUGGAACUAUUCUACGGGUCACGGUGUAUCCAUCCAUAAUAAUGUGCGUGUGUUAUUCAGACUCCGGCUUCUGUAGUUUAGCUGCAGUAACUUUUGAAGUAUAUUAAGUGAUAUCACAGGGUUUGACAGUGUUACAACUGUGGGAAAAUGAUCUUGUGAAUGUUGUUUACAGACUCCGGUUUUUAUCUGUAGUUUAUCUACAGUUACUACGAAGUAUCUCCUCUGUGUGUACAUAUUAACAUAUGUGUGACAAUCAUUAAAGCGACUCAUGUGUCUAUUACUUCUUUUGAGUGACUGUGGAAUGUAAAGAACGAGCCAAUGAUUGGCUGCGCGGUUGGAAUAUUUCACCGGGUUCGGUCGCGAGAGAUCAGAAUAGCCGACGGCCCGUUUCGUGGUUGCUUUUAACACUAUUUCAGCGACGUGAACUUGUCCUUUCUCUUCACACUAGUCACAUUUUGGUCAGGCAAGGUUCUCUCGUAAUGUAAGACGCAGUGUACACAAGCAAGCGGGAAAUGAGUAAACGCU